AUGACUCGGCCGAUGCAUCAAGACGCCGCAGCCGCCGCUGUUUUACGGAGGACUAUGAUGUUGCUACUUUUGCUGUUGAUGUUCUCCUUGUCGUCGUUUCCAUCGGUCACCGCCGAUUGCCCUUACAAAUGCAUAUGCAAUGAAGAGCAUAUUGUGUACUGCCAUGGACAGGAACUGAACCGAAUUCCCGACCGCAUACCUCCGGCUACCGAACUUCUGACCUUGGGCGGUAAUGAAAUUAGGGAUAUCGAACCGAAUUCAUUUACUCAUCUUACAGAGUUAAAGGACUUACAGUUGAACUACAAUAAAAUAAGUAAUUUGAAAAUUGGUGCAUUUGCCAACCUUUCGAAACUUCAGAUAUUAUAUUUGAAUGAAAAUAAAAUCGAAAACAUCGAGACUGGGGUUUUUAAUAACUUAACGAGUUUGGAAUACUUAUCAUUGCAUAACAACAAAAUUCAUAAGCUCGAUUUGGAAAUGUUUAAGGGACUUACAAAACUGGUUUUUCUUUAUUUACAAAACAAUAAGAUAAGAAAUAUUCCACCUGGGAUAUUCGAUUCGUUAACGUCGUUGAUUAAAUUAAUCAUUGACAGUAACCCGUUGACGUGUGAUUGCAAUAUGAAGUUGUUUGUAAACGGGCUGAAGAAAAAUUACCCCCACCAACAUUUCUUCUUUGAUGUCCAAAUGAGUUGUUAUUUUCCCGUAGAAAUGAGAGAAUUAUCGUUGAAGGAAAUAACCGAAACCGAUAUUCAUUGCACGUCUCCGGAUAUUAUCGUGGUACCAGAGAACAAGACGGUGUCGGUCGGUGAACAGUUACAACUCUCGUGCGAAGCCGUAGGAGACCCGGAACCUUUUAUAACGUGGGCCAAAGACGACAUCGAUCUAGAACUUGGCCAAAGAGUUCAGGUAAGAUUAGUAUAA